UAAUCAAAGAAAAAAGGGUUCAAUUCAAUCAAAUUCAGAAAAUCAAGAACAAAAAACCGACAUUUGAGGCAUAAACAAGAAGUUUAUCAAUCGAACAACAACAAUGGCGGAUCCUUAUUGGCGAUACACCGCUUCCGCUGACAGAGGUGCCUAUUCUGGCUACUUACAAUCUGAUGCAUCGACAUUAUCGUCCCAACCUUGGCGGCCGUCAUCUGAUUAUUUACAGAAGGAUAUCCUGGGAGAGAGAACUGGAUUGGGCAUUGGCGCGCGCCCUGAACCUAGCUCUAACGGUUACCCGUCUACUUGGGAAGAUCCGUAUUCGAUUGGAAGAAGAGAUGUUUUACAUGGAACUGUGCCCGGGAUUCCCGACAUAUUAAAUGACAGGCCUGAUUCCUUGAGGAAGGCUGAUAGUAUCCCAGUUAGAGGUCCGGAAUCCAAUGUUUUGUUUGUGGAUGGGCUCCCGUCUGACUGUUCCCGGAGAGAAGUAUCUCAUCUGUUCCGUCCUUUCUCUGGCUUUCAAGAAAUUAGACUUGUACACAAGGAGCCAAGACAUAAUACAGAUAAACCCAUGGUUUUGUGCUUUGUUGAGUUCUCAGAUUCCAAUCGUGCUUUAACGGCUUUGGAAGCUCUUCAAGGUUACAAGUUUGACAACAAGAAACCCAAUUCACCAGACUUGCGAAUACACUUUGCUCAUUUUCCAUUUCAACUGCCGUCUGAUAAAGCUGCUAUUUCAUCUCAACCGUCACCUGAUAAUGCUCGUUUUCCGUCUCAACCAGCGCCGAGUGGUUCCGGUUUUCUAUCUCAACCACCGCGUGAUAGUCCUGUUUAUCCUUCCAAACUACCUCAUGGCAGUGCUCAUUUUCCAUCUCAACAACCACCUAAACUACCGCCUGAUGGUUCUCAUUAUUCAUCUCAACUACCUCCUAAUAGUGCUUAUAUUCCAUCUCAACUACCGCCUAGUAGUGCUCAUUCUCCGUUACAACUACCGCCACAUAGGGAGGAGCAAGAUCUUGCUAUUCUAAGGGAGAAAGAGCUAGCCGUUCAAGAUGAGGAACCAGCGACGAAGAAGUUCAAAAGUGCAUCCCAGAAAAAGAAGGAACGUGAAGAGGCUAAUAAGAAUAAACAGAAAAAGUGGUGUAUCAAGUGCAAACAAAAUCACUAUGGUGAGUGCUAUAAUUUCAAAGGCUGCUAUAUAUGUGGGCAGACGGGUCACAUAGGCAAGGAGUGCACAAGCAAACCCCGACUCUGCUAUGGUUGUGGGGAGCCAGGGCACAAACACUCGGUUUGUCCCAAUGGCCCGAGGCCCGAGAAAAAAGGCAAGAAGGAGGCCCCCUUAAAGACAUAAGUUUCGUGCUUUUGAGAUGAUUGCCAACGAAGGAGGGCUAGAGGCAUAGAUUAGCUGACAGGUCUAACGGAGUUUAAGGAGCUAUUUGGGAGCUUGACGGAACAUCGGGACCAAUCGGACACACAAAAUGAAAUGAAAAAAAGAAAACCACAGUUGGGAGCCGCGUCGGUGACGACCCUGUCGCUCAAAAGUGGUCGUAGAUAGUAGCACAGUGCGUCGCUGGAAAACUGGUUCAAGCAGUCGCGUCGCCGACAUGUUCCUUAUUUCUUUGACGCUGAUUUUGAUUUCUGAGUUUGUUUGACCAAGAUUUUGAAAGGAAUAUAGAAAGUUACGAGUUUUUAAAAGUAUUAUCGGUUCUUGGAGCCUUUUUACAUCACAACCAUCAUCUCUAACAUAUCUCGAAUCACCAAUCAUCACCACCUUCAAUCAUUCGAUUCUAAACACGAAUCAUCAUCAAUCCAACAUCAUCCAUCCAAUCCACAAUCAUCAUCUAAUCCUAAUCCUAACCCUAAUCUUCAUCAUUCAUCCAAUAAUCAAGAUCGUGGCUCGUGUUCAUCAUCCGGUGUUCGUGCUUCAUCAACCAUGAACAGCCAGUCUCUUCGAGUUUCACCCCGAUGUAGAUUUUUGUAAGAAUUUUCUAGGGUUUAAACAUUGUGCUUAUUUUGAUUUGUGACUAAUUGAUUGUGAUAUUUCAAAUCUUUGAUAAUUGUCUUGCA